UCUCUCUCUCUCUCUCUCUCUCUCUCUCUCUCGCUCUUUCUCUGUUCAUUUCGCCGCUGACAUCCGCGCCUCAGUCCACUUCACCCAUCUGUCCGUCAACGCAACACCGGCUGCGACUGUGGAAAGGCGAGAAAAUAAAUCCCGUCAAAAAUCCCCCAGCAAAACACAUCCUCCGCGAGGUGUCCGCCCGACACACCUUCGCCUGGACUGCCCUAUCGCUACUACAGAAAAUAUGGAUGAAGACAAUCACGUUCCGGAGGAUCUGUCCCUGGAGGAGAGGGAUGAGCUGUCAAACAUUCGACGCAGGAAGAGAGAGCUGCUCGAUGAUAUUGAGAGGUUGAAGUUUGAGAUAGCAGAGGUCAUGACGGAGAUCGAGCAGCUGACGUGCGUUGGAGAAAGUAAAACAUCCCAGCGAAACAAACAGAUCGCCAUGGGGAGGAAGAAAUUCAACAUGGAUCCAAAGAAGGGAAUUCAGUUCCUGCUGGAGAAUGACCUUCUUCAGCACACUCCUGAAGACAUCGCCCAGUUCCUCUACAAAGGCGAGGGUCUCAACAAGACCGUCAUUGGGGACUACUUAGGCGAGCGCGAUGACUUCAACAUCAAGGUGCUGCAGGCUUUUGUGGAGCUGCAUGAGUUCGCAGACCUCAACCUCGUCCAAGCACUACGGCAGUUCUUGUGGAGUUUCCGUUUGCCAGGCGAAGCCCAGAAGAUCGACCGAAUGAUGGAGGCGUUUGCCUCGCGGUACUGCCAGUGCAACCCUGGAGUCUUCCAGUCAACAGAUACCUGCUACGUGCUGUCGUUUGCUAUCAUCAUGCUGAACACCAGCCUACAUAACCCGAAUGUCAGAGACAAGCCCCCCGUGGAGCGCUUUAUCUCCAUGAACAGAGGCAUUAAUGAAGGAGGAGAUCUGCCGGAGGAACUUCUCAGGAACCUUUACGACAGCAUCAAAAACGAGCCCUUCAAAAUUCCAGAGGAUGAUGGGAAUGAUCUGACGCACACUUUCUUCAACCCCGACAGAGAAGGCUGGCUCUUAAAGCUUGGUGGCCGGGUGAAGACGUGGAAGAGAAGGUGGUUCAUUCUGACCGACAAUUGCCUGUACUACUUUGAAUACACAACAGAUAAAGAGCCUCGUGGGAUUAUUCCUCUGGAGAACCUCAGUAUCAGAGAGGUGGACGAGCCCAGGAAACCCAACUGCUUUGAGCUCUACAACCCCAGCCACAAAGGUCAGGUGAUCAAGGCCUGCAAGACAGAGGCGGACGGGCGGGUCGUCGAGGGCAACCACGUAGUGUACAGGAUAUCGGCCCCAACGCCAGAGGAGAAGGAGGAGUGGAUCAAAUCCAUCAAAGCAAGCAUCAGCAGGGAUCCUUUCUACGACAUGCUGGCCACCAGGAAGCGGAGGAUAGCAAAUAAGAAAUGAUGACCGCCCACGUUCAACCACAUCUGCAUCACCACUGUUCCUGUGACCAGCAGAGUAAUUCUGUGUGUAUGUGUGUGUGUAUGUGUGUUACCAUGGUGAUGAAGGACUCCCAUUUACUAUUUCAUGGGCGGAGGCCAGGCAGCAGACACAGGUGGGAUUUUUUUCGGACUGAACGGAUCAAGUUUAUUUCCUCCCAAAGACUGUCUGCACAUCAUAUCUUGGCAGCUGCGAAUGUGAAGGUUUUAUUUCAUGCGGUGCAGACUCUGAACACUGAUGUGAAAUGGAGCAGAAGGAACUGCAAAAAUCUUUACCAAGCUGGAUGUGAGUGGACAACAGGAUGAGGACUAGAGUUUACUGGAGGGACAGCCAUGACUGGAAUCAUAGGACAUCUUAGCAUAAUGUGGCUGUGGCGAUAUUGCCCUCUGCUGGACACACAAGGAAUUAAACCUUCUGCACUACAAAUGCACGGUGAGGACUUGAAACCUGAAUCGGUCAUUUGGCAGGCCUUUCAUCCAGACCGACUCACCCGAUUGGUUAUCUGCUCUCUGCCAGCACGACUCCCAGAUGCCAGUCAACAUUUUAUCUUCACCUCACAUGUCCUUCAACAGAUGCCAACAGUAACCAUGUUUUAUAGUAUCCUCUAACCACAGAAGGCCUCAAGCUUUAAAUCAGCUGGUCUGAUUGUUAGCCCUCAAGUGACUGUAUCUGUAUAUGCAAACACGCUGAUUUAUUCACGAAAAUGAAAACUAGGCUAAUAUUCUUUUUACAUUUACUGUACGCCCCCUUAUUUUCUCUCUAAAAAAGAAGAGGCAAACAGUUUGGAAAAUAAUACCAAACAUAUAGAGUGGAAUGACCCUUUUAAGUGGCCACUGUUUUGAAGAGCUACAACGCUUCAUAUAUUAGUUCUGUACUGUUUUGUAUUGAAGAUCCACCUCUGUGAUCAAGUUCAUUUCUUUUGUAUUUAUUUUCUUAUUGUUUAACAAGAGGCAGCCCCAGACUUACAUUAUGCAUGUAUAGUAUAUAAUGUACAUACUGUUUGUUUUUUUUUCUUCUUUUUGUUCUUUGUGUUUAUAUAGCAUGUAAAUCAUAAUGGCCGUAGCCUAUACCUGUUCAACAGCUAACAGUUUACAAUAGGGGAAUUGUAAACAGUGUGCAGAGCAGUGGAACCUCCUCACACUGUGUUAUUGCUGAGGAUCAGAUAAUAUCAUGUUAUAUGAAAGAAAAAAAAAAAAAAAAAAAAAACAAUAUGCUGAAAGUGUAGGACAUAAGUAAGUUCAGAAUACCCUUGAAAAGGUGAACUCCAAUCACGAGAACGCUGACUGGACCCCCCCCCCCCCAGACUGAUCAAACCAACCCACAGCCAAACUUUUCCUUAUUAGGUUCAGCUUUUAGGUUUAAACAUGGUUUGAUCUUGGUUUGGGGAAAACUGCUCCUGAAUACUUUGAAUAAAAAUACAUGCUGAUCAGAAAACAGUUUUUGUGUGUAUUUCAGUGAGAAGAGCUCGACUCACCAGACAUACCAGGUCUUUGGUUAUUUCAAACAAGGAAACAGCGUUGUAAAUAAAUUUUAGUGAGACUAGCUGUCUUGCUGACCCUAACGGUCAGACAAACCUAUGUAUUAACAAAACCUGAACCCACAGAAGAGUGCCAUCAGUUUCAGUCCUCACUGUAGUGAAAAGUUAGUUCAACAAGAAGCUUGACUAAUCCAUCUAUUCUAUAUAAUAUAAAGGCAGAACAGAGUUUUUUUCCGAAAAUCCCUGGCAACUCAUCAUUAAUCUCGAUCACCUUUCUUCGUUCAUGUCAAUGCAUCUUGUAAACGUCAAAGACCAAGAACAAAUUACAAUUUCUGACAUUAACAAUUGUAUUUUAAGGCUUUCACCUUAUACAAUGUAUAAAUUCUGACAUGCUAAACUAAAAAGGUAUAACAGCAGUUUUUCAACGUCUGUCUAAAGUUGAAAAAACAAAAAAAAAACAAA